AUGAGGGCUGAAGGAUACACAGUCCAACACACACUAGCUUCUGAAGCCGCUGCGGUUGUAAAACAAGCUCUUGGCCUCGCUAGACGGAGAGGCCAUGCCCAAGUCACACCCCUCCAUGUAGCAAGUGCCAUGUUCACAUCCCCAACUGGUCUUCUUCGGAAGGCUUGCCUCCAAAUUAACUCUCACCCCCUCCAAUGCAAGGCUCUUGAGCUUUGCUUCAACGUAGCCCUCAACCGCCUCCCUACUUCCCAAUCCAGCCCUAUCAUGUUGAGUCCAAAUCAGUCUCACCACCCCUCUCUCUCCAAUGCUUUGGUUGCAGCCUUCAAGCGGGCUCUAGCUCACCAACGACGUGGUUCGAUUGAAAAUCAACAGCAACCCAUUUUAGCUCUUAAAGUGGAGGUUGAGCAGCUGAUUAUAUCCAUACUAGAUGACCCUAGUGUGAGUCGAGUCAUGAGAGAAGCUGGAUUUUCUAGUACCCAAGUAAAAAACAGUAUCGAACAAAGUGUCUCUAUGGAGAUAUCUUCCCAAAGAACUCUCCUGAGCUCUUCCCAAUCCAGAGGAAACAUUAGGCCCAUAUUACAAGACUUCCAGGUUAGCAGCAGUAAUAAAUCAAAACUCACACCCAGAGUCCGGGAUGAGGAUGUGAUGAGUGUUAUAGAUACAAUGAUGGAUAGGAAAAGAAAAAACAUAGUUGUUAUGAGUGAGUGUUUGGUUAGUGCUGAUGACAUAGUUAGAGGAGUUAUUGACAAAUUAGAGAGAGGAAACAACUUAGUUUUUCCUGGCAAUUUGAGGUUCGUGCAGUUUGUAAGUCUUCCUUUGCACUCAUUAAGUCAUCUUUCAAGCGAAGAGGUUGAAGAUAAGGUUAAGGAGCUUAGUUUUCUAGUAAAAAGCUCUGCGGAGAGAGGAGUGAUCCUAUAUCUGGGUGAUCUCAAGUGGGUUUCUGAUUUUUGGUCGAAGCACAGCGAGCAAAGGUUGAGGACCUACCACGACUCCCCAAUGGCGCACAUGAUCAUGGAACUUAGCAGGUUGAUGUUUGGUUUUGGCGAUAGUGGGAAGUUGUGGCUCAUGGGGAUAGCCAAUUCCCAAACUUACAUGAGUUGCAAAACUGGUCGCCCUUCUCUUGAGACUCUAUGGGAUCUUUUUCCUCAUACAACUCCUGUUGGUGGCCUGGACCUCACCCUUAAUCUCGAAUAUAGGAAAGAUUCACCAAAUGAGAAGAAGCUACUCACUUGUUGUGGUGAGUGUUCGAUAAAUUUCACAACAGAAGCUCGAAGCAUAGCUUACUGUACCAACAAAAAUACAUCUGAUACUACUGCUUCAACCUCCACUUUGCCUUUAUGGCUCCAACAAUGCAAGGGAAAGAUGCAGAAUAUCAAUGAUCAGGAACAUGACGGAGUUGGAAGCCUUUGCAAGAAAUGGAACUCAAUUUGCUGUUCACUUCACAAACAGCCCCAUUUUCUUGAUGAAGCGUUCAAUCUUUCUUCUCCUUCGUCCCUGUCUUCAACAAGCUUGCAUCACCAUCAACAUAACUGGCCAAUAAUAUUUGACUCCAAUAAAAUCCCAAAAGAGCACCAGUUUUUCACAUUUGAGAUUGAUAGUGAUGAUAGUCUUGAUGAGGGCAGUUUAAAACAUCCUGUAGCUAUAAAACCAGACCUCCUAUCCAACCCAAAUUCAAGUCCAAAUUCGGCUUCUUGUAGUGAGGUGAGUGAAGAUCCUGAUGAAUUUUUCUUGCACAAGUUCAGAGAGGUGAACUCUGAGAACAUGAAGAUUCUAAGCAAUGCAUUGGAGAAAAGGGUUCCUAGGCAACAAGAGAUUAUUCCAGAAAUUGUGAGUACUAUCCUUCGAUGCAGAUCCGGGUUAACUGAAAGGAAAAGCAAAGAAGAGACAUGGUUGUUUUUCUUAGGUGCUGACAGCCAAGGAAAAGAGAUGAUAGCACAAGAGCUAGCCACAGUUGUGUUUGGCUCAAAGAACAACUUCAUCCCCAUUUGUCUGAGCUGCUUCUCAUCAACAAAAUCCAACUCAAUGGAUGAUGAUCAAGAAUUAAUUAGUAAUAAAAGGGCAAGAGAUGAAGAUGGGCAGAGUUAUAUAGAAAGGUUUGGAGGGGCGGUACAGGAAAAUGCUAGUCGCGUUUUCUUCUUGGAAGACAUGGACCAAGUUGACUACCUAUCCCAAAUGGGCAUCAAGAAAGCAAUCCAGAGUGGGAGAAUCGCACUACCUUGUGGUAAAUCAGUUCAUCUCAAGGAUGCCAUUGUUAUUCUUAGUUGUGAAAGCUUCAGGUCGCUUUCAAGAUCAUGUUCUCCUAUGAGGCAAAAACACAGCGAGAGUGAACAGAAAACUGAGGAUCCUAGGGAAAGAAAACAAUCAGACAUGUUAGAUUUGAACAUUGAUGCUGAAGAUUUUGGGAUUUUGAAUUCUGUGGAUAAGCAAGUUAUUUUCAAAAUCUAGUGUGAAGAGAACAACCACCAAGUUGGAUCAUUCAAGGAUGAUGGCGCAUUUCUUUUUUUGCAAUAUUUUUCUUUUUUUUCCUUAUACUUUCUUCAACUACGAACGUGAGUGACGUAAGGUAUAUUCUGAGACACUCUUAGUUUAGGUUUUGUGGAUGAAUAUGUGAUUCUAGAUGUAUGGUAAUCAAAAUCUUCUAGCAAUCAGUUUUGCAAAUA